CGCGUACAUGCUCGACAUCAGCCGCUUUACUCGAAAACUACGUCCCUUUAGGCAGUUGACAAGAGAUUCCGCCGUGCGCUCGGCAACGACAAGAACGCCGAGCUCAACCCCGAAUUACUUCACACUGCUCAUUGGUGCUUUCAUUUUGUGCCUGAUCUUGGUACUGUCAAAUUCGCUUCCAUAUGCGUUGCCUUCCGCGACUGGCCUCAGGCUGGUAUUUAUAUCAGAGCUUCGCUGCGUGCACGAUCUCUUGUGAACCUCUCGACGUAGGCAUAUUAGAGACAGGGAAACAGUUGCACACUCAGCAUGAAGGCCAUUGCUAUCUUCGCCGCCGCAUGUGCGACUUCUGUCAUUGCGGAGCCAGGGAAGGUCAAACCUCGAGCUCUGUACACCAUUGAAACCGCCCCUGGCCAGACCGUGCAGAUAACUGAGGAGGAGCGAUGGGAACUUUCGUCUAGCGGCGGUUGCGGCAGCCAUUUCUUCGACAUCACGGAGUUUGACACCGAGGUCAAGGCAGUUAAGGUCCCAGCUCCAUACCCAUCCAAGUUCAAGUACAAGGAAAACAUCAGGCGUCUAUUCCCUAAGCUCAAAUGGGACAAUAUCAGAAAAAAUCUCGAGAAGUAUGCGACCUACCACACGCGAUUCUCCGAGACGGUGACCGGAACCCAAGCGUCCGAAUGGCUCCUCGCCCAAGUCCAGGACGUGGUCUUGAAGUCAAAGAAGCAAGGCGUGACCGUCGAGGCCUUCCCACAUGCACUCUGGCCCCAAAAGUCCAUUGUCGUGACCGUACGUGGCCGCAGCGACAGGACGGUCAUCGUAGGUGCUCACCUGGACUCAAUCAACGGCGCAAACCGUACCACAGCCAAAGCACCAGGCGUCGACGACAACGCCUCUGGCUCUUUCCUACUUCUCGAGUCACUCCGUGUUCUUCUGUCUGACAAGGACUUCGGGCCAAGCAAGCUGCAAAACACCAUCGAGUUCCAUUGGUACGCUGCCGAGGAGGGUGGUCUGCGUGGUAGCCAGGACAUCUUCACUCAGUACGCCAACGCCGGCAGGGACGUAUGGGCUAUGCUCAACCAGGAUAUGGUUGGCUACACGAAGGCUACGCUGGACGCUGGCAAGCCUGAGAGCUUUGGUCUCAUCACCGACUUCACCGAUCCCGAGCUGAAUGAGUAUAUCGGCCGUGUUAUCGACGAGUACACCGAAAUCGAGCGCGUCAGCAGCGUCUGCGGUUAUGCUUGCUCAGACCAUGGCUCUGCCACAAGGAACGGAUAUCCUGCUUCUUUCGUCUUCGAGGCUGCGUUCGAAUACCGUAACCCUUACAUCCACACUGCCAACGAUACCAUCGAGCACAUCGACCCCAAGCACGUACUUCAGCACGGCCAGCUCGUUCUUGGAUUCUUGUACGAGCUUGGGUUUAGCAAGAGCAAGUAAGCGGUUGCGUGAAUGUGGCAUUGGUGGAGUUGCUUAGAUACCCAGAGGCGUUAUGGGUGAGUUGAAUAAGUCAUGGGCU